CACAAAUAUAACAGGUGAAGAAGAGGGAGAAGAAGAACCAGAAGGAUCACUUUGACAAUGGCAAGCAGAUACUGGGUAGUCUCUCUUCCCGUUCACAACUCUGCAUCUGAGUUAUGGAACCAGUUGCAGCAAAAUGUCUCUAAGCAUUCCUUCGAUACCCCUCUUUACAGAUUCAACAUCCCCAAUCUCCGCGUCGGAACCCUAGACUCUCUCCUCUCUCUCAGCGAUGAUCUCGCCAAGUCCAACAAUUUCGUGGAGGGAGUAUCACACAAGAUCAGGCGCCAGAUUGAGGAGCUCGAGAGAGUUUCCGCUGUAGAAACCACUGCCCUCACCGUCGAUGGCGUGCCUGUUGAUUCCUACCUAACUAGGUUUGUUUGGGAUGAAGGCAAGUACCCCACCAUGUCUCCUUUGAAGGAGAUUGUUGAUGGUAUUCAUGGUCAAGUGGCAAAGAUUGAGGAUGAUCUCAAGGUCCGUGUUUCUGAGUACAAUAAUAUCCGCAGUCAGCUUAAUGCUAUCAAUAGGAAGCAAACUGGAAGCUUAGCAGUCCGUGAUCUUUCCAACUUGGUAAAACCCGAGGACAUUAUCACCUCAGAACAUUUAACUACCCUUCUUGCAAUUGUUUCCAAGUAUUCGCAGAAGGAUUGGCUCGCAAGCUAUGAAACGUUGACAGACUAUGUGGUCCCCAGGUCUUCUAAGAAGCUGUAUGAGGAUAACGAAUAUGCUCUUUAUACUGUGACGCUCUUCAGUCGUGUUGCGGACAAUUUUAGAAACAGUGCUCGGGAAAAAGGGAUCCAAGUUCGUGAUUUUGAAUACAGUCCAGAAACACAUGAGAAUCGAAAGCAGGAGAUAGAUAAGUUGGUGCAAGAUCAGGAAAGUUUGAGGGGUUCUCUGUUGCAAUGGUGCUACACCAGUUAUGGAGAGGUAUUCACCUCCUGGAUGCACUUUUGUGCUGUACGUUUAUUUGCUGAGAGCAUUUUGAGAUAUGGUCUGCCACCGUCGUUCUUGGCAUGCGUUUUAGCUCCAACUGUAAAAGCCGAGAAGAAAGUACGUUCUAUCCUUGAAGGUUUGAGUGAUAGCAGAAACAGUGCAUACUGGAAGGCCGAGGAAGAAGUGGGUGGAAUGGCUGGCUUAGGAGGUGAUCCUGAUACGCACCCUUAUGUUUCCUUCACUAUCAAUCUUCUCUGAGCGCUCCCGCAUACCUUAAUUUAAAGUCCGCUAAGGGUUCCUUUGGACAGCAAUAAUGCCUAUGCCAAACAAGAUUUGAAGAUUUUGUAUAUUACGAUUAUAUUUUAUUCUUUGUUAUUUAUAUAUAAUUUGAGUAAUCAAUGUUUCAAAGGGACCUUGAAUUUUCAAGGGCAGAAAUUGGUGCCAGGAUUGACGAUUAGCGACUUGUAUUGUGUUGUGGAAGUUUUCUUGUUUGCAAUUAUGGUACUCGGAGAAGUGAUGCACCCUUAGCGAAUAAUAUGAUCCUUUAUCAGUGUACAACAAUAAAACUUUGUUAUUCACUCGUCA